AUGGUUGAUGAAGAUGGUCAGGGUCGAAAAAGGAAACGGUCAGCAGAGGAGUCUGUAACUUCUGUGGAUGAAUCCUUGAGAGUGCUACAUGAACAUGAAGAUCAGAAAAGGAUAGUUCGCUUUACCCUGCUGGCAGGGAAACUUCACAAGAAAAAGCAAAUCUCUGAUAUUGACCGUUGGAUCAAGUUGGUCAUCAGACACUAUGUCGAAGUGCUGGAGCUCAUGUUCAAAUGCAGUAAUAAAUUAAUCCCAAGGUACAGUUUUCCACCUGCUAGUUCUGAUCUUGGGUCAUUAGUUGUAUUGAGGUUACAUUAUUGUGAUAUUUCCAAGGAAGCCUUAAAGCAAGAGGGCAUGAGAUUUAGCUGCCUAAAAGAGCUCAGUUUGUUAGAGUCUGAUUUACAUGGACUUACCAAUGAGCUCCUUUCUAGAUGUCCUUCUAUUGAGACUUUAAAAUUCAAUUUCUGUAAAAACCUAAAAGAUCUUCAGCUCUGUGGAUUUUCCAAGCUUAAGACUGUUGAGCUACUCUUUACUAGAGUUUAUCGCUACAAGAUUGAAGCAUCCAGUCUUCAAACUCUUCGAUAUUCCUACCUCAAUGACCCGUUGGACCUUGAAGCAAUCAACUGCAUUAAUUUAAAGGAGUUGAUAAUGCAAACUCCUCUGCUUGCAAUUACCACUCAAUAUAUUGCAACACUUCUUUUGAAAUUUCCCUUUCUUGAGAAGUUAAACUUGGAGGGCAGUUUUACCAGAUAUGCUCGAGUAGAAUUAAGAGAAGAAACAAUUCGUCCAGUUUCGAAAAUUCAGUAUUUGGAGGUUGUUGCUACUAGGACUUCAAUAGAUCGUGCAUCUUUUCUAUUGAAAAAAUCCUGGGAUAAAGGUAAUAAUUUGUUGAUCAUCAACUGGGAUCUGCAUAUUAAAGAUCACCUUAGAAAAGCUGAAGACAUUUUCAGGGUCUUAAAAUCAAAGAAAUUUGCAUUGCUAUUGGAUGAUAUAUGGGAGAGGGUUGAUUUAGCCAAAAUUGGGGUUCCUAUUCCUGACAGACAGAAUACGUCCAAGCUAGUAUUCAAAACUCGCUCUGAGGAGGUGUGUAGCCGUAUGGGCGCUCACAAAAAGAUUAAGGUAGAGUGUUUGGCAUGGGACAGAGCAUGGACUUUGUUUCAAGAGAAGGUGGGUGAAGAAACACUUUAUAUUCAUCCAGAUAUCCCUAAACUAGCAGAAAUCGUUGCCAAAGAGUGUGACGGUUUGCCAUUAGCUCUAAUUACAAUUGGUCGGGCCAUGGCUUGCAAGAAGACACCCCAAGAAUGGAAUCAUGCAAUUCAAGUUCUAAAAAGAUCUGCCUCUGAAUUUUCAGAAGAUUUUCUCAUUCACAAAAGAAGAUUAAUAUAUUGUUGGGUUGGUGAGGAAAUUUUGGAUGAGUAUGAUGACAUAACUGGAGCUCAAAACCAAGGGUAUGAUAUUAUAGGUACUCUGGUUAAUGCAUGUUUAUUGGAAGGUAGAGAAGAUUAUGUGAGAAUGCACGAUGUGAUUCGUGACAUGGCAAUGUGGUUGGCUUGUGAAUGUGGGAAGGCCAAGGAGAAUUUCCUGGUGCAUACAGGUGCUCAUUUGAUUGAAGCACCCGAUUUCGAAAAAUGGAAAGGUGCGAAAAGGAUGUCACUAAUGGCUAAUCAGAUUGAGAAUCUAGUAGAAGGAUCCAUAUGCCCUAGUUUGUCUACCCUGUUUCUCACUAAUAAUCGUUUGAAAAUGAUUAGUGAAGGCUUCUUUCAGCAUAUGCCCAGUUUAAGAGUCUUGGACCUGUCAGAAAACAAGGGUAUAACUCAUUUGCCAAUGGGAAUAUCAAAAUUGAAGUCACCACAAUAUCUCAAUCUAUCGCAAACGGGCAUAAGAGACUUGCCAAUUGAGUUGAAGGCCUUAGACAAGCUCAAAUAUUUGAACUUGGAGUUUACCAGUAAAUUGAAUAUGGUUCCAAGGAAUGUAAUUUCAAGUUUUCUGAUGCUGAGGGUGUUGAGAAUGUAUGAUUGUGGUUCAUCAGAUGAUGUUCUAUUUGGUGGAGAAGAAGCUUUAGUAGAGGAAUUGGUGUGUUUGAAACACUUGGAUGUGUUGACUAUCACCAUAAGGUGUGUCUCUGCUUUCAAAAGAUUCUUCACCUCCCUCAAUUUACUGACCUGCACUCAAGUUCUAUGCCUUGAGUCCUUCACCUGUGUGAGCUCCCUUGACAAACAUGAAAUGUCUGGAUAUCCUUAAUAU